AUGAAGGGACCCAGCACUCUGGUUGCUUCGGUGGUGGCUGCGUCUACCAUGGCUCUGACAUCGUCCUCCUCUGCCAGAGAGGGUGACAUGAGCAAGGGAUUUUCUUCAUCUGAGAGAAAUAGUCCGCCGAGUAGCUGUACAUCGUCAGAAAAGGAGAAAUUCGCGCCAAGAUUUGACGGGUUGAGGUUCAUAGAGACAUUGGGAUUUUCUUCAUCUGAGAGAAAUAGUCCGCCGAGUAGCUGUACAUCGUCAGAAAAGGAGAAAUUCGCGCCAAGAUUUGACGGGUUGAGGUUCAUAGAGACAUUGGUAACUGCCCACAGAUGA